AAAACUACUCUGAAUUUUGGAGACGUCAUCAUUGGAACCUGUAGAGUCCUGAAUUUCGAAAUCCAAAAUAAUGGAAUUGUCGACUGUAAAUGGCGAAUUAUAAUGUACUCUGAAGCUCAGCCAACGUAUUUCCCUUUUAGUUUGUCUGACACAAGCGGUACUUAUUCUCCUGGCGAGUCUGGGGUCAUUUCUAGUUAUUUCAAACCAACGAGAGGAGGAAGUUAUAAAGUGGAAAUUAUUUUCGAGAUUGACGACGGAAAGAGGGAGAGUUUGAAGCUGCUGGGUCGUGGUAUCGAACAGAAAGUGAGAAUCAGCGAAUCGAGAAUCAUAUUUGCACCUGGAGUUCCGGGGGCUACGCGUCAAGAAAAGGAAUUCAGUAUUAAAAGUUUAUCGAAGAGUCCUUUGGAGUUUGCGUGGCAGCAUCUGAAUGAAGUGGGGAUAGUGGAGGAGAGAAUUAUGGGGGUUUUGAUCCAUUAUUAUGGAAGCAAGGAGAUUCUGUUGCCUGUGAGGCAAUUGGGGGCUGGUCUGCCCAAGAAAAUCUAUGAAUUUUAUGAAGAAUUGAUCGGAGAAAUGAAAUCGUAUUUUUCAAUAAAUGUUGGAGAUGAAUUAGAGGAUUCAACUAAAUUGCAUAAUUACAUUGAUAUACUGCACCAGGAUUCGGAGUUUCCAAAAAAUAUGAAAGAUCCUGUUGCAGCGAUUUUUGCGGAAUUGAAUUCGCCUACUGAAAAUCCUGAAGUAGAUAAGAAAGUGGAUGUUUCGAAUGAUAUGCGUUCCAUCAUUUUUUAUGGAGCUCCUUUCACGAAGUAUCAAGAAACAGCAUGCAAAACUGCCAGAAAACUUGAUAUUCCCCUUCUAAAUCUUGAUUCUGCAAUGACGGAAGUCAUUGCAACAGGAGAAUCUCCAGCUUCUUCAACCGUUAGGCAGUUAAUUAAUGAAAGAUAUCAAGAGCUAUUGACAGAUGCUCAGAAAUUAAUUCAAGAUGAUGAUUUGAUAUCAAGGAGAGACACCUCUGAACGAAUUUUGAAUUCUGACGAAAAUGAUGAUUAUCUGAAAGGAAAUGUUGAUUACACUUUUUUUCAUCCUCCCGAUCCUCUAAUUUCUUUCAGGAAAAUUCCAGGCCCAGAAGACUUAGAAAUAUUAGACCUUUUGAGUCAAUAUGAGUACAAAAUUGAAGCUUUGAGUCUAUUGGAAAAGAUCCUGGGGAAUUCCGAGGAAGUCAUGAAGGGAAAGUUAAAUGUGAAGGGAGUUGAAAAAAUGUCAAAAAUGAUAAAAACAUCACAGAAAAACACACUGGCGAACAUUGAAGUCGAUUCAUUUGCUGAUAUAUUGAAAGAAGUUCUAAUGAAAGAAGAAUUAAAGGAUGGAUUCGUUCUCCAAACCUUAAACAACGUCUUCAUAGAAGACCAUUCACCUACUUUUUCAAAAAUUCUAGAAUCAAUUCCCCCAGAAUCCAUCGCAUUCAUAAAUUUUCAUAAUUCUCUGGAAACUUAUCAACGAAAAGUUAGUGAAAAGUUAAAUCAAAUCGCAAAAGAAGAGCACGAAAAAUUAUUAUUAAAACUCAAAGUAAUGGAUGAAAUGUCUCUAUCGGAGUUUGAAAAACUUUCCGAGGAUGAUAAGAAUCUAUUCUUUGAGAAAAUUCAGAGACCGAGGAUCGAAGAAGCUAGAGAAAGGCGUGAGAAGUUUAAGAAGAAAAUAUCAAAGCCAAAAGUUGAAGAAGUUCUCGAAUCUUCUUCUUUUUCAACUGAAGACAAACAAUCUUUGCCAUUACCAGUAUCAGCUAUAACCGAAAAUCUUGGAAAAUCCUUAAAAAAGAAAGGUCAAGUGACAAUGAAAGGUAAACAAUCGAGUGCCGAUGCCAGGAACGAUCAAAAGGAACCGAAGAUUGGAAACAUAAAAGCGAACGGCCAACAACAAGAGAAAGUAGAAAAUCCACGGAGUGAUCAAGCGAUCGCUGAAGCUAUGGAGCUUUACAACAGGAAUUUUAACACGAUUAAAUCAAUGAUCGAUGAUCGAUCGAAGACUUGGGUCGCUGCCUUCGCGGAUCCAUGGUGUCCAACAAGCUAUGAUUUCAUAGUUGACCGAAUUGUUGAGAGCAGGCCCAAAAAGGAUAUUAAAUCAACAGAAACAAAAAAAUCAAUCCCUCAAAUUGCAGAAAAUAUAUAUUCCAUCUAUAGUUACAACAAAGAUAAACCAUUCUUCCCAGCUUUGCCCAACGAAGUUCCAUUCCAGAUUGGAAACAUUCAAGAGGCUCCUGGAGGAACUAUGAAUGCUCGAACGAUUUUGGACGCAGGUGAAGUAAAACGUUUCAAAGUAGUUUUUCAGCCUCAAGAAAUUGGAGACUUCCAUCAAGAGUUUCUGCUGAAUGUCAUUGGAAAUCAUCACAAAGUGUAUCGCAUCAGUUUAUCUGGAAUUGCUGAUAUUCCUCGCUUUACGAUGGACCCGAAAUCUAUCUUUACAAGAAUUAAAGAAACAAAGAUCGAUGAAAUUCAUGAUCCAACAUUUUUCGUAGACACAAAAACCUUCGAUUUUGGAUUUUUAUUAACUCCAGAGAAACACCUGAAAGAAGCAAGAGUUCAUCACAAGAUUGCGAAAUUCAAUUUUUCCAAUUCUUCGCUGAUAAAUGCCGACGUUCAUUAUUCAUUGCUGAAUGAACAUUCCAAAGGAUUCUCCCUUAAUAAAUCUUCAGCUUCCGUUCCUCCGGACGAGAACGAGGUCCUUACUAUCAUAGCCACAGCUCCUCAGCUGGGUCCAAAUACUGAUAAACUUCUGAUAAAAAUUAUAAAUAACACCCAAGUUGAAGAAAUAAUGUUAAAAUCCUCUGGAUGUCAGUUAAAUAUCGAAGUUCAGGGAAAAGUCCUGGACUUUGGGAGAAUUUUAUUGUACAGAAAAGACUGCAGAAGAGUGACAUUAAAAAAUAAAACUCCAAUUCGUGUAUUUUGGAGGAUCUUGGAAAUUAUCGAUGAAAAUGGAAUUAACCCUCAAAUAUCUUAUUCAUCGUCUUCCGGAGUCAUCGAACCACUAAAUGAAACUCAUUUUGAUAUUUAUUUUCACGGACAACUGGUUGGGACCAUCGUCAAGGAAACAAUACGCGUGGGAAUAUUUUUAUUUGAAAAUGAUGAGGAGUCAUUAUUGACGGAAGAUAUAAAUAUUUCAGCUGAAGUUUACGACGUUUCUGUAGACGUCAACGAUGCAAAUCCGAUUGAUCUAAAAACUGUGAAAAUAGGAGAGCGAACGUCCGAAGGUUUUUCGUUGAAGAAUCAAGGACAGUACGAUAUAAAUUUCGUCCUGCAACUAGAAAAAUUCAAAAAACUUCCAGGACUCGAUAAAAAAUUAUUUAAAAAUUUCAAAGAUUAUCUAAAGAUAAAUCCUCUUGCUGGAACUCUAGGUCGAAACAAAUUAACAUCAAUUAAUCUCGAUUUCAUCCCUAAAAUGGAAAUGAAAUUGAAAAACCUCCCGAUUAUUAAAUGCAACCUGUUCGAUACUUCGAAAGAUGCGACAUUAAUUGCGGAAAUUCCUUUAACAAUUACAAUUACCGCCCAGUACUCGAAAUUCACAAUCGAGCCCUAUCCAGAAUUAUUUGGCGGUUCGAUUCCCAUCUUGACCCAUAAAAAUGUCUAUUUCACGAUCAGAAAUGUCGGAAUAUUCCCAAUCGAAUACAAGAUCGAUUCUAACUCGUUCGAAACCACUCAAGACGUUGAAAUAAUUCAGAUUCUCCCCCCAAAACUGUCGAAAAAUCCAUCAAAGAAAAAAGGAAAAAAAUCAGUCAUUGAUGUUCCCUCAAAGAGUUCAACAAAUAUUUCGAUACCAUUGGAAUCCGAUGACAGGCCCUUGAACAUUGGACCCUUCACCCUACUCCAAAGAGAAGGAACAAUAGCUGUUGGACAAAUGACUGAAAUAACAAUCGAUUGUAACCCACAAGUUGAAGGAAAAUUAACUAAGAAUAUUUUCAUAAAGUGUUCUAAUUGCUCUGCUGAAGAUCAGAAUGGCCGCCAACUGAUUCUCACCUUAGACUCCUGCACGCCAAAAAUUAAUUUCGAUGACUUCUCGUCAAUUUUUCAUCACAGUUAUAUGGCAGAAACAGUCGAUGAUUUCACCUGCACUUACGAUAAUGCUUAUUCAAUUUUUUCAAAGCAAGACAAAACCCUCCAUUUUGAAAAAGUCAUUGUUUCGAGUCUCUAUAGAGUUGAGUUGAAGCUGUAUAAUCCAGGUUUGGUUCCAGCAGAAGUUAAAAUGACCCUUCGAUCAGAAGAAAUUGACGAAGAAACCAAUGUUUUCAACAUUGAACCUCGAAGAGAGACAAUUCCACCUAUGACCAGUCGGAUAUUUACAGUGUCUUUCACUCCAAUCCGCAUGUGCACUUAUUCCUGCAUCUUGGAAGCAGCAGUUGUGCUUCCAGAUCACCUGAAGUUCCAAAAGCUCUCAGUGAAAUUGAGUGGUGAUGGUUGUAUUCCAGAAAUAACCUUCAUAGAGCCCAACUACCUCUACAAACAGGGAACGAUAUCGUUGAAUUUUGGAAAAUGUCUGCUGGGACAAAUUCAGACUAAAAUCCUUGUCUUCAAAAAUACCGGAAAAGUCAAAGCCAAAGUUAUCGCGGAAAUCAUUGAUGAUAUUAACAGUCUGUACUAUCUAGAAGUUGGUGAUGCUGGUGGAGAUGUUCAUGGAGUCCAUCGUUUGAAGAAUAAUUUUGUAGAGAUUGUUUCCAACAGUGGAGACACUUCCAAGAUUUUGGUGCUCUUUGAAGCACGAGAAAUCGGUAUUUUCGACAGUCUUGUUCGAAUUUUCCUAAGCGAUAAUCCUUACGAAGUUACGAAUAUUAAUCUGAAAGCUGAGGGGUUCAUUGAGCCAGUAGUUAUUAAAGGUUUAACUUUAGUAGAUAAAUUAAAAAAUAAUACAAUUGGUAAUGAAGAUAAACUCGUGGUUUCUACUGAGAAAAAUGGAAAAUCUAAAAAGAAGAAAGGCAGUAUCACUCAAAAAAUGAAGAAAUCUUCCCCAGGGGCGGAAGCUGGUGUUGAAGAUCCAAAAGCUGUAACUUUGGCUUAUGAACUUGAUGCUGGCAUUUGCCCCUUCGAAGAAGAACGAGUUCUGGGAUUCGAAAUGGUGAACACUUGUGAAGAUAAAUGGUUCAGAUUCGAAUUUGACAGCCACAACAUAUUCCAUUUCAUUCCAUCAGUUGGUCAUCUGAAUCCUUUAGAAAAUAAGAAGAUUAUCAUGAAAUUUAGUAUUAGAGAACCAGUUGUGUAUGAACGAUUACCUUUGAAUUGUUUUGUCGAUGAAAUUCAACUGGCAGAAAUUGGUGAACAAUUUUUUGUCAGUUGGGAUGACCAACAGACAAAAACCGUCGUGGAGGAGGUUCCUCCUUCAAAUUCGGAAGAAAGUUAUGAAGAGAAUUGUACAACUUUGAAGGAAAUUAAUUACCCUGUGAGAGAACCUCGUUACGAACUGAUCUGCAAAGAGUCAGAAAUCAUUCAGCUAGUUGUCUCUGCUAUGGCCGCUUGGACUACUUAUUACUGUCCAGUGGAGGAAAUCAAUUUCGAUGACACUUUCAUACUUGAGCCAAAUUCUGACGGUUCGCAAAAUUCCCUCGGUUUAUUUGCGGAAUUCAAUAACGAAAACAAGACUGAGGAUUCCAGAACGGAUGCCAGUAUCGAACAGGACUUCCCGAUACUGUCAAGAUGUUUCAAAAUUCUCCCUGAGACAGGAGUAAUAUUUCCAAAUGAAACAACGGAGUUUCGUCUCACGUUUUCACCUGAAGAAAAAAGACAAUACAAUGCAAUUCUUAUCUGCGAGAUUGCCUGUCUCAAUCCACAAACUCGUCAGUUGAAAAUCCCAAUUAGCGGAAAAGCUCUUCUCCCACACUGUCACUUUGACAUUCCCGAAUUCAGUGAUGACUAUUUGAAAACGGUAACAAAUAUCGAGAAUUUACUAGAGACUAUGAAAAUAAUUGAAUUCAGGAUCAUUGGAGUUGGAGGGCAUCACACAAAGCAAUUUAAUUUGAUCAAUCCAUCUGAUAAUUCUUAUAAAUUCUCUUGGAAGGAGAAAACAUUGAGAAUAAUUGUAAAUGGUCAAGAAUUCCCGUAUUUUUGUUGUGAAAGGACCAAAGGAAUUGCAACGAUGAGAGAAAAGACGGAAAUGACAUUCUCAUUUUUUGCUAAAGAUGUCGGGACUUUUGAGUCUUUAUGGGAAUUUUGUAUCGAUGAAUUUGAAGUGAAAGUGCCUUUCUUGUUGGUGGGAGUCGUCACAGAGCCCCGAAUCAUAUGCUGCCCAUCAAGAGUACAGUUCAAACCGACGGUCAUAAGGACUAUAGUUGAAGAGUCUGUUGUGUUAACGAAUUACGAGGAUAAUUCACUGGACUUUUCUGUGGUCAGAAAUUCGUUGUUUUCUGAUGGCGGAUUACAACGAUUAUUUGUGGAACCGAUGACUGGAAUUUUAGUGCCGAAGAAUGGAACAUUAUUAACCAUUAAAUUUAAAUCGGCAAUAGUGGGUAAUUUUGAUUUUUCCCUGGGAAUUCAAGUUGAGAAGAUGAGAGAACCAUUAUGUAUUCUCAUUGCUGCACGAGUAUGUGAAGUUAUACCUCGUCUAAUUUAUAUCGGUGUUCAUAACGAGACAAUGGAACUUCAAUCGAAUUAUGAAAAUACCAUAGACUUGGGAAAAAUGAUGAUUAAGAAACCGAUAAUUGUUAAUUUUGAAUUAUGGAACAUGGGAGAACUACCGUUUCAGUACCAGUGGAAUUUAAGAAUGGACUCUACAAUAAUUAAUAAAAAUAUGUUUGAGAUAAAAAUCAACGCCCCCGAGGGAGAGGUUCAGAGCACAAAAACUGUCAGAAGUUGUCUAAGUGUUGUGGCACUAAAAAAAAUGAAUUUGACGAACCAUCGAUUGACUAUGAAGAUAAUAAAUGGUCCAAUAUUUACGGUAUUAUUGAACGCCUCAGCAAAAGUUCCUCCCGUAAAAUUCAGCUUUACGCAAUAUGACUUUGGAGCAUGCUAUAUCCGAGAUCAAUCACAGCCCUAUGAAGUCCUUCUAAGGAUUUCAAAUGAAGAGGAAAAUCCUGCCCUAGUCGAAGUUAAAGCAGAAAAUUUACAGAAUUUCCUAAUCAAUAGUGAUCCGCUUUCUCAAGCAAUUUCUACUCGAACUCCCGUGUCAGUCCCUAUUUAUUUUCUACCUGCAGAAGAGCAGAAAUAUGAGGGACAUUUAAUAUUUAUCAUCAACUCAACGAUUACUAAGAGAAUAACAGUGAGGGGCGAAGGAAUCUGUCCUAAAGAAAUAACAAGAUCGAUGUGAAUGCUGGAGGAAGACGGAGUUAUCAGGCUGUCUUUCAUUGCUUUAAUGAAUCGGAGCUAAACUUCAGAGUAUCGUUUACAAACUCAGAAAGUGAGUACCAAUUUUAUGAAGUUGAGUAUAAAGUAACGAAGCCUGAAAUUC